AAUGGCAUGGAUACAGCUAUGAACUUCACUAUAAUGAUCCAGCAGUUUUGACUUUAUAUCUGAAGAUAAUGAUUGCAUUUUAUCAUUCCUGGUAUUAAAUACAAGACAGCUUGGUGUGAUGUGAGCAUUUUGGAUUAUCCUGUGAUGUUUUACAGUUGUAAUGAACAGCACAUGUUUCAAGCUAAAUUGGCUCCUGUCUGAAACUUCUCCUCCAUGUCUGCUUGUGCCUUAAAAAAAUUACAUGGGUUUAUUAAAUGAAUGGAAAAGAUAUCAUGCAUCGAAGGAAUGACUGGAAUCUCCACAAAUCGGUUACAGUUCGAACACAUUUCUUUACUUGUUUCCAAAGACCAGUGAAGCUUGUUUGCAUUAACAUGUACAGAAUUACUGUAUAUACUGUAAUUGGAAAUGCAGAAUGGAUUAAGCUUAAGUAAAUGACAUUACUAUUUGAAGAGAGCCAAAAUAUGUAAUAGAAUGGAUAUCCUAUUGGACCUCUUAUUCACCUUGCUUUUAGACUUCAAUUUGUAGCAAUGUUUUAGAUAAUAUUAUAUUGAAAAGUCCUUCCAUUAUUUCUUCUCUUCAAAAAAAUGUUCCCUCAAGAAAAUGCAUUUCCAGAGAUUUUCUGCUUCUCCAUUUUUUAUUUCUUUUCUCUUUUCCUUCUGAAAGUACAGUUUGAACAACUCAGUUUGUAUAGUAGUGCCUUGCAUUUUGGUUGAAAAAGCAGGUGCAGGAAGAAGCUGAAGAAAGGCCUUUUUGCCUCCUUUCUGCAUUGUAAUUGUAACACAUCAGAAACAAUGUAAUUAUUAGAGAAAAUAAGCAGAGAAACAAAAAUAGCUGUUGAAUAUCAGAUCAUCUGAUUUGGGAAAUUCUGAGCACAUUGUUCUGUAAUGCAAGCCAUGAACCAGUCCAUGUGGGUUCAGUGGAAGACUCUGAAUAUGAGUGGUAGCAUUUUGAAUGUCUCGGAGCAUCAUUCUUGUCCAUUUGGAUUUGGCCAGUACAAUGUCAUUGACAUCUGUAUUUUUGAGACUAUAAUUAUUGUCUUACUAACAUUUUUAAUAAUUGCUGGUAAUUUAACAGUAAUUUUUGUCUUUCAUUGUGCUCCACUGUUACAUCAUUACACCACCAGCUAUUUCAUACAGACUAUGGCGUAUGCUGAUCUUUUUGUUGGGGUGAGCUGCUUGGUUCCUACCUUGUCAUUGCUUCACUAUUCUACAGGUGUUCAAGAGUCCUUGACUUGUCAAAUUUUUGGAUAUAUAAUCUCUGUCCUGAAAAGUGUUUCUAUGGCCUGCCUCGCUUUCAUAAGUGUGGAUCGCUAUCUUGCUAUCACAAAGCCGCUUUCAUAUAACCAAUUGGUCACACCUUGCCGAUUGAGAAUCUGUAUAAUAUUAAUUUGGCUUUACUCCUGCCUUAUCUUCUUGCCUUCCUUUUUUGGCUGGGGAAAACCAGGUUAUCAUGGAGACAUUUUUGAAUGGUGUGCAACUUCUUGGCUCACUAAUGCCUAUUUUACGGGUUUUAUUGUGUGCUUAUUAUAUGCUCCAGCUGCCUUCAUAAUUUGUUUUACAUACUUCCACAUAUUCAGAAUUUGCCGGCAGCACACCAAAGAGAUAAAUGAUAGAAAAGCUCGCUUUCCUAGUCAUGAAGUGGACACUGCUGCAGAAACAGGCCAUAAUCCUGACCGACGCUAUGCUAUGGUUUUAUUUCGUAUAACGAGUGUGUUUUAUGUGCUAUGGCUUCCCUAUAUUAUAUAUUUUACUCUUGAGAGCUCUAGAGUACUGGAAAACCCAGCACUCUCUUUCUUAACAACGUGGCUUGCUAUUAGCAAUAGUUUUUGUAACUGUGUUAUAUAUAGUCUCUCAAACAGUGUUUUCAGGCUGGGACUUUGGAGAUUGUCGGAGACUCUGUGUUCAUCUUGUAUACAUAAGAAAGACAGUAUUGUUCAAGAACCAAUUCCUAGAAAAAGGGCUAAUUCAUGCUCCAUCUAAGAAGAACCAAGACGGUCAAUCAAAUACAAUCUGAUAGUAUGUACUAGGUAGUGUUUCCUUCUUCGGGACGUUGCCAGAAUAAAAAUUCAAUACAUACUGUAUUUAUUCACUCUAAAAUGAAUUAUGCAUUAAAAAGUGGCUUGUAAGAGAGAAUGUGUUCUUUUAUUGAUAGAUUCUGGAAGGGUAGUGAAAUGGUCAGAGAUGGAUCAUUAAUGAAAUUGUGAUACCCGACCAAGUUACUGGUAAAUGUGAGAGAAAGCUUUGAGUGGAUUGAAGUAAUUAAUCAGUUCAGUGCUAAAUAAUAGCUUUAAUGGCAAAAUUGUCACAUAUUAUAUAUGUGGAUGAAUAUGUACUAAUCUGUUGUAUUAACAUGAAUCUUGUUUUAAGACUAUAAGUGAUGGCAUAUGAAUUAUGUCCUUAGCAGAUACAAAAUAAAUAUAAAGCAGCUUCAUUCUUGUAUUUUUUCUGUCUUGCACAAAAUGUUUUAAAUUGCAGUGAUUUUGAAAUUAAAGAUACCUAGUUAUUUGCAAAGAUAAUAUAUUCUAUUUUUCUGAUGUAACAUGUUUGAAAGACCUACAUCUCUUCUGUUCUUUUGGAGUCUGUGACUUCAUUGUUCUGGCAUAUUAUUUGUUUGGAGCCAAUUAGACCACAUAGCUUUGCCCAUUGCACUCAGAACUGUUGGUGGAUCAGCGUGAGCUUACUCCUAAUGACUAAUCUUUGGGCACGAUAUGUGCAUAAGAUUCCUCUUCAAGCCAGGUGAAAUUAAAAGGUUUUAUGUGGGUGGGCAGAUUUUGAAGAAUUGUAUCUUGUGAGUAGACAAUAAUAUUCAAAUUACUAGAAUUAAUUUUCUAGUACCUGAACUAGCACAAGUUUGUGGCAGCUAUUUGAGAGAAUGCUUUUAUAAGUAAGACAUGCAGUAACAGAAGAGUGACUUAGGUGCUUACUGACAUUUUAAACAUGUAAAUUCAGAAGGACAGGCCCCUUUGCAUAUAUUGUAUCUGUUAAUACACUGCAUGAAAUUGACAUGUAUAUAAUACUAUGUGUUCUUCAAAUGUACAUUUUCUGUUUUGUAUUUUGUGGUUUUCCUAGCAUAUUAAGUUGUUUUA